AUGGAUAACAAAAAGUGUAUAACAAACGAGCAAGAAGUGAGAGUCACAUUUGCACAGGAAAACAAGCCGUAUGACCAUAGAAUAUGGCAUGGGAUUACACCAGCUCACUACGUGCAAAUAGCAUCACGAAAUGCACAUCUUCGUUUGAACGUGAAAGCAGCAGAAGAUGAACACAUCUUCGUUUUUGACAUGGAUCAAUGCAUCUAUCAUUGUGAUGAUUUGGUUAAGUUUGAUAGGAAGAGUGCUCUAAACCACUUCAUUAAGCUGACUAAGAUGACUGAAAGUGACUUCGACAAAUACGAGAGUUACAACGAUAAUUGGAUGGAAAUGUUUGUUGAGAAAUUCAGCGAAAAAAGAAAUGAAAUUUGCUGCGUGAUUGACUCAUCCGAUUACAGGACAUUUUUGUCAAAAUGCAACGAGGUGAAUGCGAAGUUGGAUGGGCUGAAGUUUAGGAAGUUUCUCUUCACAAAUGGAACCAAAUGCAGAACUCAAAAUAUUCUGAAUCUGAUUGGACUGGAACACGCAUUUGAGAAGGUGUUUUGUGCUGAUAUUGAUGAGCAUGAACACAUCAUAAAGCCAAAGAAGCCGGCAUUUGAAUUUGUGCAGAAUCACUUACAGGCUGCACCAAAAAUGAUCCACUUUUUUGAUGACAAUCCAAAGAACAUCAAGGGAGCCAGGGAGCUUGGCUGGAACGUCUACGAAGUCAAGAACAAUCUGCUCAACCAGAUUGAGACAGCAAUUGAUUCCGUAGGUGGAAAUCAGACAGAAUGA